AGAUAGUUACGGUAAUGUAAAAGCCUGUCAUGAGUUAAAAAGUAAAACAACAGAUAGACGUGAAAAGUUCUACACCUAAAUGAAAUCAUAGAUAACUAAACCUACCUAAUAACGAAACCUAAUAACUAAAUUUAAAAAUAAAACCCAUUAAAUAAAAAAUAGGUGCUAGUUAUAUGCAUAGAUAAUACUUAAGUUGUAUGCAUAGAUUAUAUACACUUAAUAUUUGAGAGGUUGUAUGUCUUCUAAGUGUAUUGUCUAUGGUUAUAUGUUUCUAAAUGUAAAGAUGUCUUCGUUACUGAAAAGAGCUCUGUUCAACAACUCUCAAUCCAUAAGAAAAACGGCAGCUCUGUUUUGCAAUGCCACUAGGAAUCAUUGGAAUUACCAGUACCAACCUGGUCCUUAUCCUAAAACACCAGAAGAACGGGCUGCAGCAGCUAAAAAAUAUGGAAUGACUGUAGAGGAGUAUACUCCCUAUCCUGAAGAUAUGGGCUAUGGUGAUUAUCCGAAGCUACCUGAUAUUGGUGAGGACUCCAAGGAUCCUCAUUAUCCUUAUGAUAACCCGGAAUUGAAGAGGAAUUUCAAUGAACCGUUGCACGCUACUGCAGAAAUAUUUGGUGGAGAUCGCUGUGACAUUAGCAUAAGGCGAAGAUUUUCACUGCUGCAUCAAUGGACUUGGUUUUUGGGUACUCUAGGAGGAUUUGCUCUUCUAAUGGUGUUUUUAGAAGACUAUAAAAUUGGAAGACCAGUUACAGCCAAGCAGAUUCCUGGGCAGGGUGUUCAUUACUUGUUCAGCCCAAAUUAAUGAUUUUCUAGUGAUGACUCAAUUAAAUUAUGUAGUUACUUUUGUUGCUGUUUAUGAGAUAAAUAAAAAUUUUAAAUGGAAAAA